CCGGCCCGCUCGCGACCAACUACAACGUCGUCGGCGAGACUCUCUUUCCUUGCGGUGAAAGCCUUUCUUCGCCGGUCGACGGAGGCGCGCCAGUCGUAAGCCACGAGCGGCAGCGCAAACGCAAACGACGCACGAGUCACCAAUUCGUCGCGAAUCUCGAAAAUUUUCAAUUUUUUGUCUUCCGCGUCGUAAAACUCAAGGAUUUACUUAAAAAGUGUUAUUAUUGAAGAAGAAUACAAUGGAGCUGUUUAAGCUCAUCUUAUUAAUGCUCGUAAGCAUUUCCCUAUCAAACGCCGAUACAAAGAAACCCCAGGUCCAAUCCGUCCGUACUGAAUUACGAGUCUCCAAAAGUUUGGAUCCUGAGAAAACCCAAACACUUGAGGUUCUCACCAGAGACGGAUCAAUCGCACAAUUGAUUGUUAAGAAACGCGAUCCUAAAUCUAAAACGCCAAUCACGUCGUCUACAAAUAAUGAAGCAGCGGAACCCCCGAAGGCUGUUUACACCAAUUGGAUCCCUGUGGGUUCAUCAGCCAGUAGCUACACCCCUAAUUGGAGUCAGCAGGUUGCUUCUGCUACUGCUGUAAACACUCAAACUGAAUUUCGAGUAGCUGACCCUAGCACAGCCAGAAGUGUAAACAGAGGGUCUUCCACAACUGAUAAUAAGAAGGUUUCCAAUAUUAUUGAUAGUGAUAUUAUUCCUUAUGUGCCUCGUCCAGUGACCAUCCGCAGUGAUGAUAUCUACGUAAAAUCAGCACCUAGUUCAUCAAACCUGAAAAAAUCCCGUUCGGUAACCUUAGAUUACGACGGCAUCCCUGUUAUCCAUGGUGUUAGAGUACCAGAUGAUGAACAAGACAAAGUUAAAACCUGGCGUAAUGCACGUGUGAUCAAUGGAGAGUUAUACCCAUAUGAAAAUGGAUACAAACCACCUGCGGCUAUCCCAAUCGGAGAGUUGGUUUAUGCAAACAGUCAUAGUGCUUCAAAGGCUUCAUCAUCAAUCAAAGAACUUGAAUCUUCCGGUUUGGGACCUUUUAGUAAAGAGGACAAUUAUAGACAAGUGUAUGAAACAUCAACUUCUAAGGGACCUUAUACAGUUCACGAUAACCAUCAAAAUUAUGUGAGGGUUAAUACCUUUGGACCAUUUACAAAGGAAGAUAACAAGAAUGGUAACUCUAAGUUGAUUGAUUACAUCAAGGAGAUUAAUGAUAAGGAAGCAAAACGUGAUUACAUCACCAGUAGAAGAUAUAGGAGUUAUCAGGACCAAGAAAAUCAACAGAUUCAACGUCGUAUGCUUCAAUACCCAAACUCUUACAACUCCUACCCAACUUCAGCUAUGUACACCCCAACUACAAAACUGUCUCCUGUCAAUUUCAAUGAAGGUGUGCGUACCCCAGUGUUACAGUAUGCUCACCCCGAGUUAGGUGUCCAACCCGCCCGGAUACAGUCUGAAGAUGAACGGGAUUUCUCCAAUUACGAACUCAAACCAAACCGGAAUUUCGACGAGAACAAACAUUACAAUCCCAACAGUAUUGAAUACUACAAAAAAGAUGUCCUCAACUACCCUUAUGGAUCUUACUACCUGAAACCCAAACCUGAACAACCCUUCUGGUUGAAGAUCAGUGACAGUAUAAAAGACAACGUCCAGAGUGGUUUUGAACGUAUGCAGCAGUUGACCCGACCUGUUUUUGAACCUUUGAUGGAAGCCUCUCAUAAAAUCUCCUACAACCUAGGUUUGACCAAUACUUAUCCCCACAACCCUCAGGAAGCACAGAAGAAAGUAGGUCUUUUACCGGUUGGUGGUAGUGUUUUACUACCUGCAAUUGGUCUAGUUGCUGGUGGGGCUGCGUUGGGACUAGGGGCAGCUGCAGUGGGACGUUUUCUGGAACCUGGUGAGAUGAGGGCCCUUAGACAACAACCACAUGAAGAGUAUUUGAUGUUUUUGAAACAACUGAAUCAUCAACCCAAUGAACAACAGAAUCAAUUACACCGGAGAAUCGUGCGGAGUUUGCAACAGAAAGAAAACAGUGAUCUGCAGAGUUUGGGUGAUGCUCAAUCAACUGGUGCUAGUAGUGAAAUCCAGGCGUUGGCAUCAUCACAAAUGUGGACUGACACCGCCUGUUCGAAGAGAUUAUUCUGUGAUGUCAUGAUGAAGCAGAGUGAUGACAACGUCGCCAUCAUGGAGAAGAAGAUGAACCUUUUAUUAUCCAUAUUUCCAUUUUAUCGAAUUCAUCCACAUCCGGCAAUCAAAGCUUCGGUGAGUUCGCAUCUCAGCGAAGUAAUGGAAGCUGUCAAAAAUAAGGACUGCUCCAAGUUCGUGUGUAGUCAAAGACUCUUUUAAUGCAUUCACACACACAAUCUAAAACCCAGUUAUCUAAUUCUAACAAGUAAAACUGUAUAGACUAUUUAUUUAAAUUAAAUUAUUAUGAUUUCUGUUUCUAUUAUUUGUCGCGAAUAAUGAACGAAAAUUGAGAUCGCCAAAGUCGCCUGCAUACUAACCCAAUAUUUUAGAUCCUGUUUUUAGUGUUUUUUUAUUUCAACCAUUGUACUUACUUACUCUGUAGAAAAACAAAAACAAACGAAAAAAUCGGAAAAAACUAAAACAUUUAUACAUAGAUACUAAAUAAAAUAAAGUAAAGCAUUUCCUAUUUAUUAUGUACAACAAGACGUAUUUUAUAAACAAAUAAUUCUAAUUUUAAAACGUUUUUAACCGUUGUAUAUUUAUAUUUUCUAUGAGAUGAAUGUAUGAUUAUUGUAAUGUUUGUAUAAACAUCGAGGUAAAAUGAACGUAUUUAAAUAAAGAUUAAAGAAGU